AUGCCGAAGAAGACUCAAGAGGAGGUAAGCUCAAGCGGUCGAGUAAAGAAGCAGACAAAGCAGACAAAGAAGGGCGUGAAGGCGCAGAAAGAAGAUGAGUUGGUGAUGGACGUCGACGAUGAUGUUAACGACGAUGACAAUUUUGACCUUCCGCUGCUGUCUGACCUGUACCACGAUACUCCUCUCCUCAACGCGGAUGAAGCUGCUAGCAUCGUUCAAAACUCACCACCACAGCCGCUACAACACAAAGCAGUGGCACCUCAGGCAGCUACGUCCACUGAGUAUGCAGACUGGAACACCUCUGAAAACCCCAUUCUGCAACUACCUGGUGACGCUGGCGGGUCCUCAAGUGGCAGUGAGCUAUCCAGACCCUUGGAUGCCACGUUUCUGUCAGCCCCACCAUUUCCACCCUUUCCUUCAAGCACAACUAUUAUGGCAGUUGAGACUACCGCACCUGUACAGCAGCAGCAGAAACGAAAGGAGAGAGAUGCACCAGACCCUUCGACUAUCAUCGAAGGGAGCACCAAGCGCCGCUGCAAACCGUCUUCAAAAGUUGUAGAAAGUAAGGUUUUUUCUGCUAAAAAGCCAGCCAUAGAUCGUGGUUAG